AUGGGUAACAAAUCAGGAUCGGAAUUUGGAAGCAUGAUGAUUAGAACAGAAAAAUCUGUUUAUUUUGCUGGAGAUGUUGUAAAAGGUUAAAUUUUUCAGAAUUUUAGGAAAUAUUUACCUUCAUAUCAUAAAACCAGGUUAUCAUGGAAAUGUUGUUCAAUUUUCAAUUGUAGGAAAAGAGAAAACUCAGUGGACAAGUGGAUAAAAAUAAAGCAGAACGACACAUCAUGGCAAAAAUCUCUUCCAUAGGGACACUUUUGUUAUUCAUACAUUUUUAAAUUAAAACUAAAUGGUCGGACAAUAUGUUUUUCCUUUUGAAUUACACCUUCAACCAAAUCUGCCAGGAUCUUUUGAGUCUAGGUAUGGUGUUCUGGCAAGUCUUAAUUACAAAGUCAAGGCUCGAAUAGUAUCAGCUUCUAAAUCAAUUAAUGACGUCAAGCAUAAAUAAGAUAUUAUCUUACGACAACCAAUUAAAGAAAUUUUAUAAGUUUCUUCAAAAUAAGUGACUGCUAAUCUAACCACAUGGUGCUGUAAACAACAAGGAGUAAAUAUGAUAUUCUAUUUAAGUCUUCGACAAUAUCUGCAAAAGUAGAGAAAAAUUUAUAUAUACCAGGAGAAUUUGUUUAAAUAACAUAUGAUAUUGAUAAUUCAGAUUGUAAGCUUAAUAUAGAAAAUAUUGAUGUGAAUAUAGUGAAUAGGCUAACCCUUAAAUCUAAUUCAGGUACUUAGUUUGUCCGAGAUUAUCCAUUGAAUGGUUUAUCUCAUAAAGGAAUAUAAAAAGGAUUGAAAAUAUAGCCAACUAGUUCAAGUGAAUGUUCUAUAGAAGUGGCUAAUACUAAAACACCAGGGUUUGUUAUCACACCUUCAGCAUCAGGACACUUAGUGAAUUCAACAUACUAUGUUAAAAUAAUUCCAAAUUUUGAAGGUAGUAAUUUUAAAUAUUGAAAGGUUGUACGUGUUGUAGUUCGAGUCCAAUAUUAUUAGUACCAAUAACCAUGUUAACAGUUCUUUCAAAAGAUCAAUUAGAACCAAUUGUGUAGCCUGAAAAUUGGCAACCAUAAGCCUUUUAGCCUUUGAUUAUAAAAUCAAAUAGCACCAAUCCUUUCAAUAACAAAAAUAGUAAUUUGAAAGGUAUGGCUAACAAUAUGGAUAAUUGA